AUGGCCCCAAAAGAGACAGCCCUCACCAAGCCCACCUUCUGCCACUACUGCACCGACUUCAUCUGGGGGCUGGCGGGCUACCAGUGCGAGGUUUGCAACUUCAUGUCUCAUGAAAAGUGCCUCAAGAAUGUCAAGAUACCAUGCUCAUGUAUUGCUCCCAGCCUUGUAAGGGUUCCAGUUGCACACUGUUUUGGGCCUCCAGGACAUUACAAAAGAAAGUUUUGCACAGUGUGUAGAAAGUCACUGGAGUCACUUGCAUUUCGAUGUGAAGUUUGUGAGCUACAUGUGCACACAGACUGUAUCCUGUUUGCUUGCAGUGACUGCCGUCAGUGUCACCAGGAUGGGCACCAGGAGCAUGAUACUUAUCACCACCACUGGAGGGAGGGAAACCUUUCUUCAAGUGCUCGUUGCGAAGUUUGCAAAAAAACCUGUGGCUCUUCUGAGGUGCUCUCUGGCAUGAGAUGUGAAUGGUGUGGCAUCCUGGCUCAUUCUGCUUGCUACAUAAUUGUCACACCAGAAUGUACUUUUGGAAGAUUAAGGAAUAUGAUUCUUCCUCCAAACUGUGUGCAAUUAUUUUCUCGCAACUUCAGCAAACUGCAUUGUUUCCGAAUAUCAGAAAAUUUACAAACAGAAUCAGAUGAAGAUGAUGAUGUUGAUGGGUCAACACAGGGAUCAGCAAAAGAUGUCCAAAUUUCAACAGAUUCAAGUAAACAAACAUUAAAGAUAUUUGAUGGGAAUGAUGCAGUGAAACGCAAUCAAUUUCGACUGAUUUCAGUUCCAAGGAUUGCAAAAAAUGAAGAAGUUGUGGAGGCUGCUUUGAGGGCAUACUACAUAAAUGAUGACCAGCAGGAGUAUGAGCUUCAGACCUUUACGCAGCAGGCGCUGCUGUCUGAUGAUGUUAUCAACAGGAACGAUGAUGCAGAGGACAGCAACUUGGGCUCAGUAUUCCGCGAAUCUGUUCCUGAAGCUUGGAUCAUCAGAGCCAAACCAAAGGAUGAGGAAGUGAUCAGAAUUUAUGCUGCCUGGCUGAAGGUGGGAAUGGCAUAUGUUUCUCUACGAGUAAAUAAGGAUAGCACUACGCAGACUGUGAUCAAAGAAGUGCUUCCAUUACUUGGAAGGCAGAUGGAGUGCCUCAAGAAUUUCAAAUUGGUGGAAGUGCUUAUGAGCAGUAAGCAAGUUCAGCGCAUGGUCUUGGACAAUCAGGAACUGAUUCUUAACAGACUCAAGGACAUAAGAAAGACUUCAAUACGUCAGAUGAAUCAAACAAGAUUUUACAUUGUGGAAAACAGUAAAUCCAUUGUACAAGUAAAUUUAUUUGUUGGUGGCCUUCCACCUCAGCUUUCCUCUGAAGAAUACACAAAUAUUCUCAAGGAUGAAUUAGCUAUCAAAACAAAUGUAGUGUCUGUGAGUCAUGUUUAUCAAGCACAAGGUGCUGUUGUACUUGAAAUUUCAUGCUUUUCUGAAGCUGAAAGAAUAUAUAUGCUAGUUAAAGAUACAACUGUCAAUGACAAGCCUCUGAAUGCUGUGGUGAUUCCUGAAGUUAGGGAUUCCAAGAUACCACAGAACUGCUGCCCACUUCUUGUAUUUGUGAAUCCAAAAAGUGGUGGUCUAAAAGGUCGGGAUCUGCUGUACAGUUUUAGAAAGCUCCUAAACCCACAUCAGGUCUUUGAACUUACCAAUGGUGGCCCACUGCCUGGGUUUCACACAUUCUCUAAAGUCCCCUCCUUCCGAGUGCUAGUGUGCGGAGGGGAUGGCACCGUCGGCUGGGUCCUUGGUGCUCUGGAAGAGAUCAGGCACAAGCUGGUGUGCUCAGAGCCCUCUGUUGCCAUCUUGCCUUUAGGAACAGGUAAUGACUUAGGGAGGGUCUUGCGCUGGGGAGCUGGUUACAGUGGGGAAGACCCCUACUCGAUUUUGGUUUCUGUGGAUGAGGCAGACGAUGUUCUGAUGGAUCGCUGGACUAUCCUUUUGGAUGCAGAAGAACCAGCUGAAGGUGCAGAGAAUGGCGUUGCGGAACCUGAGCCUCCAAAGAUUGUACAGAUGAACAAUUACUGUGGUCUUGGCAUUGACGCAGAGUUGAGCUUGGACUUUCAUCAUGCUAGAGAAGAAGAACCAGGGAAAUUUAAUAGCAGGUUUCACAACAAAGGAGUUUACGUGAAAGUUGGGCUGCAGAAGAUAAGUCAUACCAGAAAUCUUCACAAAGACAUAAAGCUUCAAGUGGACCAGCACGAGGUGGAGUUACCAAGUAUAGAAGGACUCAUUUUUAUUAAUAUACCCAGCUGGGGGUCUGGAGCUGAUCUCUGGGGGUCUGAGAGUGAUAACCGCUUUGAGAAACCACGCAUUGAUGACGGCCUGCUGGAAGUUGUUGGUGUGACAGGUGUUGUUCACAUGGGUCAAGUCCAAGGUGGUUUUCGAUCAGGAAUUCGCAUAGCCCAAGGCUCAUAUUUUCGUGUAACCCUCCUAAAGCCAAUUCCAGUUCAAGUUGAUGGAGAGCCCUGGAUACAGGCCCCUGGCCAGAUUAUUAUUUCUGCUGCAGGACCAAAGGUCCAUAUGUUGAAAAAAUCCAAGCAGAAGCAGAAAAAAACUGGAAGCCUGAGAGAGAUGAGAGUGGAUAGCGUUUCAGUUUCUGAAGGAGGACGCUAAGUGGAGAGCUGUGCUCAGAAGUGCUACAGCGUACCUACUGUAGAUACCAAGAUGGUUCAGUAAAAACUGAGUGCAGACAACUGGUGAAGAGGGUUGCUGAUGAGUGUGCCUUUCAUUGUGUUUUGAUAGUACUGGGUUCUACUUCGUCUUUCAAAGACAGUGCCUCGUUGUGACAAAUAACUGUUAUGUACUACUUGUCUCAUCUGAAAUGUUUACUUUGGGUUGCUUUUCCGUAAGCCAUUUCCUGGUUUUUCACGUAUAUAGAAACUGAGGCCAAACAGAGAUUCCAAAAUGCUGAGAUUUCUGCAUCUUCACAAAGACUCUUCCCCUCCUCCCAGCUUUUUCUUAAAGAAAAUCAUUCCAUAGAUAAACUUUGGUGCAUUGUUCCAUAAAUGAAAAUGUGCUCCUUUAAAAUAAUGCUCACAGUAGCCUCCCAACAAAAAAAACACAAAGACAUGAGCUGCUGAGAACUCAGAUCAGUCCAAAUAGCACAGCUGAAACAGCACUACCAUUAAGAGAAGAAUACAAAACACAGGAGAAAUAAUUUCUAUAAAAGGAGCCCAGUGCACUAGGAGGAGAGAAAGUACAAGAACAGUUGAGUCAAAACAUUUCAGAGAGUUUACUUCAACAGUAUUUGGACAAUAUAAAUGGAGGGGAAACAGCUUGUAGGGCAAGUUAUCAAGUGCAGCUUAGUUUCUCCUAUUUAUUCAGCCAAAGCCUGUUUUAAAAGACGCUUGAAUUUCAGCAACUACCCCUCUAAUGUAAAAAAAGAACGAGAAUACCCAAGGCAGUAUUACACUGUAUUUUUUUUCUUUGACACCAGACUUUUCAUCUUGUCUUUACUUGUGCUGUUUCGUUUUCAUUAAUUUGUCACAGCUGGACUGUUAUUUAACAGCAAGCUCAAAGACUAAAAGAAUCACCACUAAUUAAUGUUCACAUAAGUAGAUUAGCACAGUCCUAUUUAGAGCUGAAGUACAGUGUAGUUUCACUGAGGAGCCUUAGGAGGUGUUGAAGCCUGUAGUGUGCAUGUAACAUGCUGUGGGCUUCAGGUAGCUGGGAAUGUGAUAGCUGUCAUGAAAACUCACUUAGCUGGUCAGCCUUCUCAAGUCCUUGGUGGCUGUUGUUACCAGGCAUGGCUCCAAGAACAGAAGUGACUGUCUUUCUCACUUAGAUGAGUGUCUGAUCUUCAGAGGCUGUUCCUCUGUCAGCUCCAAUGAGACCAAGAUCACCUCUCUGUGCUUACCCAUCUGCUGAAGAUAUGGGGAUCCAGUACUUCUUUUACAGCUUCCUGCUAGAGAUUGGUGCUAGAGCAGACAUGCUGGUCCAGUCAUACACUACACAUAUCUGCUGUCUGUAGCUGUAGUUGUGUUGGUCUUCACUCACAUCUCUGCUGGUCUCAUCUGACCAUGGUUCUCUGGUGACUGAACCUUCCACUUCAGAUCAGUGUCAUACACAAGGGGCCCUCUGAGCCAGCUGUGGUGCAGGGGAGCUGCAUGGUUUUGCAACUUGUAUGCACCUGCUGCUUGGAGCUACUUAAGCCAUGUUGGCCAGAGCCCAUUUAGCUAGCCAGUGGGCUUACUUGUCCCCUAUUGCACGAUAAUAACUAAUACGGCUAUGGAUGACGUGCCACUUGAGUGAUGAAUUCAUUUAGGAGCGUUCCUCUUGCCACUGUGUCUAGAAAAACAUCUGCAGCUGCUUCAGGGGACUUCAGUGUAACUGAAAUAUACAAAAGCCGUUUUGUGUUGGAGCCAGCUACAUGCUGAGGCAGUUCUUGCUGGGUCUUUUUGAUCAGUUCGUACUCUGAGCACUGUGCCAGCUUCAGCAACAUCUGAGCAUUACCUGCACUUUCUACUCCCCAAUCAUGGUGCAGAUGAGGGUGUGAAUGUGGAUGCUGCGAGACAGUAAUCUAUAGCAACAGAAUGAUACAGCUAAAGCUAUAAACAGAGGCAAAACAGCUGUGCAAAAGUGGCAGCCGCCUGCAGCCUCUCCUUCCUGUCCAGUGAUUCCUUCUGUUCUUAGUGUUCUGACACUAAAACUUGACUUUUCGUUAUAGAAGACAUGCAUAAGCUUUAAGCUUGCUGGUACUGACCAUCUUCUGCAGCCCAAGUAAAUAAACCUGUCUUACUAUUCUUCCAGAUACAGAUAAUCCUGCAGCAUGCAGCUGACAGAGUGUUUCAUGUUCAUGGCUCAUUAAGGGCAUGGCUGUUUCUCCCUGUUUCUUAGCAUCUGUUACCUGAAAUAACAUGAAACUGUGGGGUCACAGUAUUUUAAUAAGAGGGCCCUUUACUGGGGCAUAUCCUUCCAUGGGAAUUUUCCAUCCCUGGAACACUGUAUGAGCCAAGUAUGUCUCAGGGAUAGCAUCGUGGUAGCAGCGUGGCACAGAAGUACAAAUGUGUUCUCACAACUGCCAGAGGUGGAGGACAGGAGGGUUUUGAGGUUUUUUUUUUCAUUCCCUUUUUUUUUUUUUUUUCCAGAAAAAAAACUCCAACAUGUAGUUUGAGCAGAUGAGUGACACACUGAAAUGAAAACGUAUCUUAAGAAAAACACCCUUGGCAUUUAAAGCCUUUGUGCAUCAUAAAAUAAUGCUUAGAAGACAAAACAGAUUUCUGGGCAGUUGAGAUAGGAAGGCUCCUGUCAAGCUUUUAAAAGGAGAAACUUACUAUUUAACCCCUCUAUUAAGAUGUGUCAGUUUCAGGUACUGUAAAGGCCAGUACAUCAAGUUUGGGGUUUUUUUUUGACAUUUGCAUCACGCACAGUAUGUGAGAAGUAUUUUUUUCCAUAGUAUAUAAGACUUCCUUGAAGAGGAGAUAACUCUGUAGUUAAUAUGAAACAUUUUGACUUAGCCUUUCCUUUGAACAAAACAAUGCAGUAUAAUUUACAUGAUAGCGAGCAGAUAAAUUAUUCUCGGCACUGAGCGUUCAAGUAACAUUAUGUGAGAACCUUGUGAUCAUAUGGCCAAGUGCUUUAAAUAAUGCAGUAACAAAAAUGUUGGGGAAGAGGCUCGGUUCUGUCAAAACAGGUGUUAAUCAACAUCAGGGAUGCAGAACCAGGAACCAUAAUUUAUAGACAGGGAAGAAAUGCAGGCUCAUUGCUAUGCUGAGCACAUUCCUUCAUCCUCUCUCCACUGCCCUGACUUUUUACCUUGCCUGUAAGCCAUGGCAGGCACAGAUAGCAUAUGUCCUGCUGGGUUACACAUUCCUGACCUUUUACUAGUGUCCUACUAGACUUUGCCAGCAUGGGAGUGAGAAAGGUCCUGAACAUCAUGGUGUAUUUCAAAUGCCCCACUAUUGCAGACCAGAGAAGGUGAUCAGUUGGUUAAAAUCUGUUUUGAUGGGUAAACACAUUACCUCUGUCUUGAAUUAGGAGAACCAAAAUUCAAAAGCUCAUCACUGAGAUACAGGUGCUACUUCAGAAACUUUGCUGCUUUUUCCCCAUGACUUUUACACUUGAUGUGUAUAAUUUAAACUUCUCAUGUUUUGAAUGCAUUGAUUUUUAAAUUAAACUGUUAUUUUGCAAAAAAAAUUUUGUUUAUUUAUAUAUGUGUGUCUAUGUACAUAUAUGUGUAUACAUACAUAUGUACACACCCUUUAAAAAUAGGCUUUAUUGUAUUUCCUUUCUCAGUGCCUACUUCUACAGCUUUUGCUGCAUUACAAUGUUCUGAUAGCACUUGCUUCUGGAUCUUUCAGUCACCAGUUUUGGACAGGAGGUAGAGUGUACUUUCCUACUGGUUCCACAUGUUUCUAAGGGAAUGGCAAUAUAGCAAAAGCACAACUGUGUUUAGUGUAUAGUCUCUGCAUGUGUACAGUUUGAGGUCCUCUUGCUCUUUCUAUAUAUUAAUCAAGCCUCUUUAUGUCUAAAUCAAUGGCAAUGGCUAUUGCAGCAUUUUAAAAACUACAAGAAGCUGUAGCAUAGUCUACUGCAAGACAUAAAUAAGGAACUGUUAUAGUCAGUUGUUCAUUAAUCUUCUUACCUCUUACAAGUGUUGUACAGAUUGUAUUUCUUUAAAGAGCAAAUAAUGUACUUGUUUUAAAUAUCAGCUGUUUGGAAUCUGUAAGCAUUCACACCUGCACAUUACUCUGCAACAGUCUUUUGGCAUAUAAAUGUAUCAUUGUCAAAUGAAGCUUCAUUUUGUGGGAAGAGAAGGUAAGAGAGCUGUUGUGACACUUAAAAAGGACGUAUGUUGAAGACACAACAGAUUCAGCUGCAUGGGUAUUUUAUAACAUACUGUCUGUGUGUGCAGGUGUGGCCUGCGUCGCAUACUGCUGCCAGUCCAUGCUUCAGCCCUGAAACCGGGGGUGCAUUGCAGUGGGAACUGAGAUACCUGGCAGUAGAUACUCUGUUUCAGCCUGCACCUCAACACCUCUUCCUUGGAGCCUUCAUAGUAACUGUGCAUUUUCCUCUUCUGCUAGGCUGCUUUUCUUGCCCUUUGGGCCCAGUAUUUAUACCGAAACUGGUAACAGAAGCACCAGUAUGUGGAGAAUGUGGAGAAUGUGUGUGGAGAGCAGGGGAAUGGAGACCCUGCUCUAAAACAGAGCUUUGGCUAUUGGGCUUAAACUGUUCGUUAAUUUCUACUUCAUCUAUUUAACAGCUGUGGAGCAAAGACUCAGCAACUAUUGAACUACCUUGGAUUCAUGGUGAUAACAUUGCCUCAUUUUCAGGCUUUUAUCCUGUAGUCCCUUAAAUCCCAUAGUGAAUCCUUUUAUCCAGCAGUGCAUGUAUCACUUCAUACACUUUUUGCACGUAACAGAAAAUGCAAGUUAGAUGGGCUUAGGGUGUGGCAAAGUUGUAAUGUUUGUACUUUUUUGUACAUAUGGGGAUGAUUCUACAGAUGCAAAGAUGCACUUUCAGGUAAUGAUGAAAACAAGUUUGUAGAAUACAACUGUUUCAGAGUUUCUCUUACUGCAGCUUCCCUUGGUCCCUAUCCAUCUCUAAUACCGUGUUCUUGAAAGCCUCCUUGGGAGUGAGAAAUUAUAUCUUCUUCCCAUCACAGUAUGUAUUUAUAGCUGGCUGACUGAAAGUUCAUAUAUAUUUUUAAACAAUUACAAAUUGGCUGCUAUUUUAAGAUUUAUGUUUAAUAGACUGAUUUUAUAAUGCAUAAAAGUAAUGUUAAAGUUUUAUUUAUAAUGUAAACAUUUACUGAUUUGACACUUGGCUUGUAGGAGAGAUCCAGCUCAAAGCCUUUGUUCCUUUUGCUAUUUAAUGUAUUUUUUUUUUUUUAGCAGUGUAGUCAUUGUAUGUGUGGAACACAGUGAAAUGAAUGCAAAUUACUAAUCUUAACCUGCAGUUAGACCAGCAGUCUCAAUGUUUACAGGACAGCGACUAUUGAUUGUAAACCCAUGCACGUUGGUUGAAACAGUGCACUCUUUCUGUGUUUCUGCAUUGUUUCUGCUUCCCGUGACAAUUAAUGAAACAGUUGCCUUCUGGAUUAGAUUCCUGGUGAUGUCCCUUCAGUGAGAUUUAAAUGCAGAUGAUGGCCUUUCUGCCAUGGACUCAUAGGACAGAAUUUCUACUGAUACAAAUGUUGUAUUGAACAUGUUUUCUGAAAGAUUGACUUUAUUUUUUGUGAAGAUAAUUUAUGAGAAUGUUUUAUAAGCAGAGCAGUGUUGUUGAAAAAGUUGGUGGGAAGUCCUGAAAUAAAUGUGUGUAGAUAUUAAAGAUGUAUCCCAAAGCAAAGUAUUUUUUCAUAGGACACUAGCAACACACCCAUUUAACAUGUCAAUGCACAGCUCAAGUGUGUUAUUUAGGAGACAAUUUCAGAAGAUGUGGCCUCAUUUAUAUUGUGCAUAUCCUUUGUUACACUUCUGUCAGCAACUCCUGAUAUAAACAUCAGCUGUAAAAAGUGGAACUUUUACCCCGUGCAAAUCACUGCAGGUUAAAGUGCAAAGAGCCCAGCCUUGUGCUUGACUGCAAGCAAUGUUAUGAGCCUGGUGACUGUUUGGCACUUCUAGUCCUCUCACUCUCUGCAGGGUGUGCCACACAUUAGUCCUUUUGCUUGUUGAAGGAAGGAAGGUACAAAUUGACAUGUGCCUGUGUCAAACGGUUAGCAGCAUGCCUUGCCAUGGCAUCCAUUACUUUGUGCUGCUGAUCUUGCCAAAUCGGGUAGCAAGAGGUGCUUGAAGAAUUGCUAUUUAUUGUGUAAUUUUAGGUGCUUACAAAGCCUUCACUAACUACUAUUUUAAAGCAAAAUUCUGGGGAUCUGUAGCAUAGCAAUAGCUGUUUUAACUCUAGCUUUCUGUACAUGCCAAAAGCAAAUUAUCCUUGGGAUAGUUUAAUUAGCAAUUAUGUAGAUAGUAGCAAUCAAUACCUUGAAGCUGCAAGUUCUGGUUAUUGGAAGGGAGCAUCUCUGCUUUGAAUGCAAUGCAUCACAGAGUUUGUAAUUUGCUAUAGAUUUGUGUCCCUCCUACUUAUGAACCACCCAUGACAUCUUAAUUUUUCUUGAAGUGUGGCUUGACUAUUGCUUAAAUAACUGUAUCUCAGCUCUGGUUAUUUAAAUCAUCCAACUUCAAACCGCUAUAUGAAUACUAUUUUAAUAUGAAGAUACUCUUAAGAUGUCUUAUAGCAUUUCUUGUGAAUGUUCUAAUACAUUGGUAAUAAAUCAUCUUGGCCCCACAAGCUAAGGUAAACUGACCAUUGAACAGUUCAGUUAGUCUAGUGCUUAUUCUUUGUGUGUCUGCUUAAUAAUUCUCAGAAAGAAAAAAAGCCUAAGUAUAAGCAUUGAAGUGGUUGAAAACUGUUUCCACCUUGUGUGUCUCAAACCAGUAAUGCAUUAUCACACCUUCACUUGUGGAUUGGUCUCAGAAACAAGCUUUUAAACGAUGUAACUUGUUUCUCAGUGUCUGCCUUGCAAAUCACCAUGCUGUGGCAACUUGUCUGCAAAUAACAUACCUAGUGUACUAAUUGGUUUUAAAAUAGUAAUUUAUAAAAGAUGGACUUCUCUCUUCUAUUUGAACAUAUGUUUGUCCUUGGGUAAUGUUGUUAUAACAGUUCUGUAUAUAUAUUGCAAUAUGUGUUUUGUGUUUAAUUUGAUUGUACGUUUUGCACUGAUUUGAAAUUCUGUAUUCUUACAAGUUCUAGAGAUCUGUAACUAAAAUUUGUCUGUGAAAAAUACAACGUCUCUUAUAUCCUG